UUCGUCAAAUUAACUUCUUUCAUUAGAACAACUAAUCUGAAUUUUCAUUGUUUAUAUCAUAAUUGAUCCGUUUGUCCUUUAAAUUACUCCAAUCUUAUAUCUUUAUUAGUUUUUAAAGAGAAAUAACGACGAUUUUCUACUAUUUUCCAUCGUAUUCUUCCUGUUUCGCUCUGAUUUUCCGGGAAAGUUACCAAGAAUCCUCUCUGAUCGUCAUGAGCGAUGAAGGGUUCGUUUCCGAUUUUGUCUUCCUUCAAUCUUUUUGUAAUCUACUCCAACAUAUAACUACAAACCCCAAAGGUAUGGAUAAUGGAUGAGAUUGAGAUUGAAUUCACUGUUGAUGCAUAUGGUCCAUUAGCUUCCAUUGCAACAUUCAAGUAGAGAUAGGAUUUGGGAUCUGAAAUCUCUGGCCCAGUUCAACCUUCAAGCGCCUUCAUGUUGCUUCUAAUCAUCUUUCCCACAGUAUGUCAAGUAAUUAUUUUCUUUUCCUUUUUGUUUUCCCAGAACAAAUGUGUCCUGCAUGUAAGAUGCUGAAUGUUACCUGUAAUGAAAUAUAGCAUGUUGUAUAUCAUAACAAUCUUCAGACAAGUAGAUGUUUAUACAAAGAAUCUAGAUGCUAUUAUGGUUCAUUGUGAAUAGUAAAGGGAUAAACAAUAAAAUUGCAAGGAGGCAAGAAGGACAAGAUAAGGUAGUUAAUUGUCAGUAAACCUACACCUUUGGUUUCUUGAAGUACAAACCCAAGCAAGCAUUUAGGGAGAAAGAAACACUCAAACGGAAGGAUAGGCAAUAAGCGAUGAUAGUUGUUUCAAAUGGUGGUAAUCGUUAAGCUGGGCUGGAGGUUUAGUGUAGAAUCAGGAAAUUUCAUUUUUCUCGCUAUACUUGGCUUCUUGGUUAACCAUUUGAAAUUGAAUGUCGAACUUGAAUUAGGAGUUAAAUAAAUACAUGAUCAAAUCUAAGAAAAAUAAUUUUCACAUGACUCUACACUAUUGGGCAUUGAGAAACUUAUAGUCGCCAACCCCUACUUGAUGAGCUAACUAUGACAGUGUGGUCGACAUCAGCUCUAACUUGCAAUGCAUUCACAUUUAUCUUAGUACUCUUCAAAUCAUGAACCUGGCUGUGCUACUUGAAAACUAUCUCUUAACUUACACCAAAUUGGAUUUCUUAUAGGAGCUGUAACUCUCUCUAUUUAUUCUGUAUAAAAUGGGACUUUGAUAACUUAAACCCCUUUCGAUAACUGUUUGUUUUUAAGUUUUGGCUUCUUGAACACUCCAUUUCAGGCAGUGUCCUUUUCUGGACGUGUCCAGUAUACAGAAUUUUGUGUCAUAUUUUUUAUUUAUUUGUUUUUGAAAUUUGUCUUAGAAUACAAAUGUUUAGUUAAGAUGGAUGAAACAUGUUGUAAGAAAAGAAAUUCAAUUUUCAAAAACCAAAUGUAUCAAACACCGUGUUAACAUACAAUUUUGGACCUAUGGAACACAGCCAAAAUCCUGAAUUCAAAGGUACAGUAUGUUAAUAAAUUAUGUGUUCAUCUGCCAUUGGGAAAUGGGAAAUGAGAAAUUUUCCAAUUUCUAGAAUUCCACGUGGAAUUCACAUGUCCACGCCUGAUCAUGCAUGGAUCCAGCUACAGCCAUACCCCACCAAAUGACUCAAAUUUUACACAGUUUUGCAUUUGUUUUAGAGUGGAUGCCCUUUCUGCUACUCUCUAAAUGAGGCAACUUAUUUUGUUUCAUAGUAUCUUGUUGCUUAUCUGAAAAUAAGGAUGCUAACUUACCCGCUUAAAGCUCAUUGGUAGAUUUUGAUGGCAGAUUGGCGAGCUUGUCAACCCCCUAUAAAUCAUAGUUACCAAUGAUAGUUGGAAAGAACAUGUUCACAUGUCUUAAAUAGUAACUUCUAGGAUGAAGAAGAAGCUAUUGUAGCUUGUCAUAUUUGGAAACCUGCUGAGAAUUCACUUUCUACUUUUCAUUCAAUGACUUUUGGAAAAAAAAUAUAUCGAAUAAAGCAAAUGGAAUUUAAGAGUCAGGAAAAAGAAAAUGACUGCCUUUUGAGAAAGCUAGUUGAUACUAACUUAACUACCUUUUAUCAGAAUGAAGCCUACUGGUAUUAGCUCUAACUAACAUUUUGAUAGAGUGUUUAUUUCACCAGAAAGCACUUCUCACGUCUUUUUUUCGCACCCAUGAACAAGAACAUAAGAAACAUAGCAGGAAUUUAGCAUUAAAUAUAAUACAAUCUGAGAAAUCCAGUUAAACACUUCCAGCUAUGAAGCCAUUUGGAGGUGAUUUGAGUAAACUUCUCACCUAAUGGAAGGAUUGUACUUCAAUUUGACUAAUUUAGCUUAUGUCGGCCUGAGUAUAAGUAAGGUAGACAGAAGAUUGUCCCAUCAUGAUUUGAGCUUAAGAUCAUGAUGGAGAAAAAUAACCUUCAAUUAUUAAACUGCUAUUAUGUAAUUGAUAGGAGAGCUUAAGUACAAAUGCUAAAUCUUGGAACUCUAAUCUGGUGUUGCUUUAUGAUAAUAGAAGUAGACAAUCAAAGCCGAUUUAUGUCAUUAUCUUAACAAACUUUUAAGUGAACUCUUACAUGAAUAUGUUGGCCUCAUUGGUAAUGUGAAAGGAAUGAAUAAUUCAUUAUCAUGUCAUUAUUUAAAGUUGUGGCUUUUAUUGAACAUCCUGAUAUAUAUGAUUAGGUUACGCUGUGGAUCUGAUAAGCCUGACAGGCAAAAAGAUAGCAAGCUGAGUUUAAAGCUCUAGUCAGUAAAAUUUUCUUGUUAAGAUAAUGAUAUCAACAGAGUUGUAAGGGAACGUGUAGCUCAGCUAAUACAUCUUAGCUGUGAUAUAGUAAAACCUCAAGCGUAAAUUCUGACAUUUUGCCAGAUUGAGUUUUAUUUAGCAGUAAUUUCCAUUUAUUUCUUUUGAUGUUGGAGGUUCAAGUUCCCGACAUUUCUAUAUUUGUAGAUGAAGGAAUCUCAGCUAAACAGCUGAGUAUCAAGCCCUUGAAGAGAGCUCAAAAAAUGAAGCUAUUAGGAUGGAUGCACAACAAAUUUUGGCAAAGUGGAAUUGAGUCGGUCAAGGAUUUCACAAUUGCGAACCCAUGCAUGUGCCUGACAUUACAAAAACCUGUUGAUGAUGAAGACAUCUAUUUGAAGCCAGGUUUCGGUUUCACAACUGUGCAGUCAGAUAGUCGGAAUUAUGAACAAUCAUCUCUUGGAGUUGAAGCCAACAAUGUACUGGAAAAAUGUGGAGACCUGUCUAAUUCAUCUGAUAUCUUCCAUGGGUUCCUCACUAUUGGAACUCUGGGUUCUGAACCCGCAACACCAACAUUCUCCUUGGCUUUUGAAAACAUGAUUGAGUUGCCAGAUGAGGUGACAGAGGAUGACUUAAAACUGAUAAAUUAUGAAUUAGAAAAGUUUCUUGAAGCUGAAACUAAGGAAGACCGUUGUGAUCAAUCACCUGGGAGAACAAGUCAUGCUAGUAUUAUCACACUUGCAGGCAAGCAUAUGGAAGAAACCAAAGAUGAAAACGAUGGGAAGACUACAUGUCCACUUCAGGGAUAUCUAUUUGGAUCUACAAUUGAACUUCCAGACAAGAUGAUAGACAUGAGGAAGGAAACACCCUCAUCUCCAGAGCUGUUCCAAGAUACUAUAGCAGAAAAUGAGAGUUUCAAACUGAACAUUGAGAAAAAGAAAGCGUUAGUGAAGCAUUCAAAUAAAUCUGCCCUAACCUUUGUGAAAAAGAUGCUUAAGAAACUUUGUACCUCUUCACAUGGUUCUAGCACAUAUGACUCAGGUGAUUCACAUUCAACCAAGAAGAAACUCCAAAAGGUGCUACGUAAGCUCAAUAGAAAAAUACACCCUGAAACCUCUACUGCUAUGGAUGAAUGCCAAAAGUCCCAAAAAUACAUCUUUGAGAAUGUGUCUUUCGAUAACUUCAAUAAUGAUAGUGUGAUGAACAGAGUGGAAGAUGGAAUAACUUAUUGUCAGGAAUUUAUCUCAAAAGAGGAAAUGUGUUAUUGGAAGACCAACUUGGGCUUGCCCCUUUAUGGGAUUGAUACCAAUGUUUCAAGUGCAAACAGAGGCCACUGGAUCAAGACAGAUGCAGAGUACUUGGUGUUGGAGCUUUAGGGGAAGAAGAUGUUGCCUACAAAUACCGAAGUCCCUCUACUAAGUACAAGGAUCAGAAUGGUAUCAUAUAUUAUAUCAUGUAGAAUAAUCUUUUGUGAGUUUUAAGCUUUGACGAAAUCAAUAAUGUACAUGUUGUUUUGUGUUCAAGUGUGAUAGUGAAACUCCAAUUUGGUUUGAUCUUUGUUAUAAGCUUUUAUGAAUGGUUUGGGCUGUCUACUAGAGUCCUUUGAAUUCCUGUCACUAUUAUUUUCAUCAGUGAAAUGUCCAGUGUUUUGUUUCCUUUA